CUGAAGCCUGCGUUAGUUAAUUUUUUUUCACGACAUUACAAUUAAGAAAAAAUAAAAGAAAUGUUGCUUUUGUGGUUUUUCGUUGUUUUGAAUACACUACUGGCAAGUGGAAAAAAGUAUACGUCCAUAAUUAAAACAACAUCUGGCCCAGUUAGAGGUUUACUUUCAACUACGAUUGAAAAUGUUAAGUAUGCUGCAUUCAAAGGAAUACCUUACGCUAGACCACCUGUGGAUGAUCUAAGAUUCAAGCCUCCUGUGGAAAUAGAUGCCUGGGCAGACGUUUAUGAUGCAAUUACCGAGGGCAGUAUGUGUACUCAAUUCAAUUCAACUACCAAUUUGAGUGUCGGCUCGGAAGACUGCUUAUAUAUCAAUGUUUUCACGCCACAUACCGUAUUCAAUAGUUCAAUAUCUAAACCAGUUAUGGUUUGGAUUCAUGGAGGAGCAUUUACAACUGGUAAUUCCAAUGGGUCAUACUACGGUCCUGACUUCAUUUUGAGAGAAGAUAUUAUUAUGGUAUCGCUUAAUUAUCGAUUAGGCCCAUUAGGAUUUUUAAAUUUACAACAUGAAAAUGCUACAGGAAACUGUGGUCUCAAAGAUCAAAAUUUAGCUUUGAAAUGGGUGAAGAAAAACAUAGCACUAUUCGGUGGUAAUACAAAUAACAUAACAAUUUUUGGUGAAAGCGCAGGAUCUGUAUCUGUAGAUUUACACGUUUUAUCAGACAUGUCUGUCGGUUUAUUUAGCCAAUCAAUUUCCAUGAGUGGAUCUCCAUUAUGCUUGUACUGGGGUUUCCAAAGUCGUGUAGAAGCAGAAGAGCAGGCGUUUCGGCUCGGUUCGAAACUUGGAACUGUAACAUUUAGUAAAGAUACAUUAUUGAAAACACUUUAUAAUAGUACAGCAGCUGAAAUUGUCGUUGCAGCGCAUAACAUCGGUUUAAUACCGUUUCGACCUUCUCUUGAAAAUAUUGACAUUGCCACGAAUGAGGAAAAGUUUUUGACGGAAUGCACACUGAAAAAGUAUUUAAAUGGCAAUUAUACAAAAGGGCCGCAUAUUAUGGGUUUUACAUCAAAUGAAACAGUUUCUUUUACUGGGAGUAUAAGUGACUUAUUAAAUUUCACUCGAACGGCCUUGAACACGAUAAAAAACGAUACAAGUAAAAUAGCUUUCUUAUCAGACCUUACAGAUGCUAUUACUACUGGAAUAGAGAAUCUGUCUCAGGACGCUGUGUAUAAAUUGAUUAAAGAAACUACGGAUUUAUUUUUUGUGCUAGGAAUUGACACCAAGCAGAGUUUGAUAAGUCGUAAUAAUGAUCAUCCAAUUUACUAUUAUCGCUUUUCUUUUAACUCAAACAACUCGUUACACAGAACAGAGGGAAUAGAUCUUAAUGGAGUCGGGCAUAUGGACGAUUUGCCGUAUAUAUUAUAUAUGCCAACGGCAAAACUUUCUUUGAACCGCCCUGAUAUUAAAGUUACCAGAAAAAGGGUUGUUAAAUUAUGGACUAACUUUGCUAAGUAUGGAAAUCCCACUCCAGAUGACGAAGAUGACGAGGUUUUAAGAAUAACAUGGCCUGAUUCACGCUCUCAGGGAGAGCAUUUAGAAAUUGGUAAUGAUUUAACAAUAGGCCAGCGCCCAAUUGACGAUGAAGUAAAAAGCUUACAACGAUUGGACCUCGGUAAUUCUCCCGUACUAAACGACUGUGUUAAUAAUAAUAUUGUAGCUGAUGUGACAAAUAGUGUAGUUAGUAUUGUUGGUGUAUUCACUGAGUAUAAGAGUAUUACUAUUCCUGAAGAAAUGAAAAAUAAGAUAAACAUGAACAGAGCGUUGUGUUUUAGUUUUUUCGUAUUUUUGAAUAUCUUAUUUGUAAGAGGACAACCGUAUACAUCAGUGAUAAAUACUACGUCAGGUCCAGUCAGAGGUUUCAUUUCAACUACUAUAGAAAAUGUCAAAUACGCUGCAUUCAAAGGAAUUCGUUACGCUAAGCCACCUGUUAACGAAUUAAGGUUCAAGCCUCCGGUGGAAGCAGAUCCGUGGACAGAUAUUUACGAGGCAUUCACUGAUGGAAACAUCUGUACCCAGGUUAAUUCCAAUGCGGUUAUAGGUUCAGAAGAUUGUUUAUUCAUCAAUAUUUUCACACCACAUACGGAAUUCCAUAGUUCCAUUUCUAAACCAGUCAUGGUUUGGAUUUACGGCGGAGCAUUUCAAAAUGGUUAUGCAAAUCAAGCCUUUUACGGACCUGAUUUCAUCCUAGGAGAAGAUGUUAUUAUGGUGUCGUUUAAUUAUCGAGUUAGUGCAUUAGGAUUUCUGAAUUUAGAACAUGAAAAUGCUACAGGUAAUUGUGCACUCAAAGAUCAAAGCUUGGCUUUGAAAUGGAUUAAGAAAAAUAUAGCUCAUUUCGGAGGUAAUCCACAUAAAAUCACGAUAUUUGGUCAAAGUGCUGGAGCAGCCUCUAUAGACUAUCAAAUCUUAUCUGAUAUGUCUACUGGCUUAUUUAAACAAUCAAUUUCUAUGAGUGGAUCACCAUUGUGUUUUUACUGGGGAUUUCAAACUGGAGCAGAAGCAGUGGAAGAAGCGUUCUUGCUAGGAUCGAAGCUUGGAAUGAAUACUAACAAUAAAACAAUUUUAUUGAAAGCACUUCAUGAUGCUACAGCAGCCGAGAUAGUCAUCGCGGCAACUGCUGUCGGUUUUAUGUCUUUUAGACCUUCUCUUGAAAGAACUGACAUUGCUGUAGAACAAGAAAAAUUUUUGACUGAGUGUACAUUAAAAAAGUAUAUCCGUGGUAACUAUACAAAAGGCCCUCACAUGAUGGGUUUUGUAGCGAAUGAAACAAUCUCUUUUCUCAACAGUCUUGGAGGUAUUUUGAAUAUAACUCAAGAAGCUUUUCGUUUGUCAGGUAAUGCAAUAAAGGAUAUGUAUUUUGUGUCAGACGUCACAAAAGCUGUUUUAAAGGGUAUAGUAAAAUUAGCUCAGAAAUCUAUAUACGAAUUGAUAAAGCAAACUACAGAUUUAUUUUUUAUACUCGGAAUUGAUACGAAACAAAAGUUGAUCACUCGUAAUAAUAAUAAUCCAAUUUACUAUUAUCGCUUUUCUUUUGACUCAAACUACUCUUACCACAGAGCAUUAGGAAUGAAUUUGGAUGGGAUCGGUCAUGCAGAUGAAUUACCAUACUUAUUGUAUAUGCCACAAGCAGAUCUUCCUUUGAACUUAUCAGAAAUUGUAACUAUCAGAAGUAGAUUUGUUAAAUUAUGGACUAACUUUGCUAAAUACGGGAAUCCAACUCCGAUUGGUAAAGAAGACAAGGUUUUACGAGUAACUUGGCCUGAUUCGCGUCUUCGUGGACAACAUCUAGAAAUUGGCGCCGAUCUAAUAAUUGGUCCGCGUCCAACGGACGAUGCCGUAAAAAGCUUACAAGCAUCUGGAUUAGGCACUUCACUCGUAUUGAACGAUUGUAAAGAUAGUGACCUCUUUGAAGUAAUCGAUACAGCUGUUCGUAUUUUUGAUAUGAUCCAUCAAAACAUAUCGUCAAAGAAUAUCUGACAUUAAAUCUUGUGAUUAUUCGAUAAAUAAAUCGUAUUUCUAUCAAC